AACCCGGAAGUGACGUCGCGCGCCGUCAGACGGUGUUGAUGUUUUGUGGACUGGUCGGAGGAAGAAGAGGAGCCGCGUUUUGUUUUUGUUCAACUGAACCGUCGAGGAGACGCCGAGCCGGAGUCCCGUCGCCCGCUCCGGUUCCUUCAGGACCUAAAGUCGGUGUCUGGAGCCGAGCGGCCGGUCCGGAGCGCGGAUACACCGACGGUUUUGAUCCAGAAAGGGAGGACUCGUCACCCUCUGACCCUCCACCCCACCCCCCCCAACACACACACACACACACACACCAUGACGAUCCUCCCGAAGAAGAAGCCCAGCUCCGGGGUCGGAGUUUCGGACCACGCCGAUGACAGUGACCGCCGGAGCGGCUCCGACCCGCACCAGCACCCGCACGCGGGGCGGACCGGAGCCCGGCCGAGGGCGUCCCCUCCGCCGUGGUCCUACCAGCCCGCUCCGCCCUCCUCCGCUCGGGACGACCGGCGGAGCAUCGAGGCGAGCUCCCGGCCGCAGCAGGCCUCCCCGCCGCCCGUCGGCUCCGCGUCCCCGGUAGGGGGGCCGCCUGGCGACGGCCGGGACGGCGGUGGCGGAGGGUCGGCGGGCCCCGGCGCCCGCGGAGAGCUCGCCGCGUCGGCCGGCGGCGUUGUGAUCGGCGGCUGCGGCGGAGGCGGCUGCUGCUCUGGGCCCGGACUGAGCAAGAGGCGGCGGCAGGCAGGCAGCUGCUCCGGAGGGGGGGUGGUGGCGGCGGCUCUGGCCGGGGGAGGCCAGUCCGGGGGGACCGGAUCCGGAGGCUCCAGCCAGGACCCGGAGGAGGCAGCCGGGAACAACAGCGAGGACGAGUACGAGAACGCGGCCCGGCUGCAGUCGAUGGACCCGGCCACCGUGGAGCAGCAGGAGCACUGGUUUGAAAAAGCUCUGAGGGAAAAGAAAGGUUUCGUCAUCAAGAAGAUGAAGGAGGACGGAGCGUGUCUGUUCAGAGCCGUGGCUGACCAGGUGUACGGGGAUCAGGACAUGCAUGAAGUGGUCAGGAAACACUGUAUGGACUACCUGAUGAAGAACGCAGACUAUUUCUCUAACUACGUGACGGAGGACUUCACCACAUACAUCAACAGGAAGAGGAAAAACAAUUGCCACGGAAACCACAUCGAGAUGCAGGCGAUGGCCGAGAUGUACAACCGACCAGUGGAGGUGUACCAGUACAGUACAGAGCCAAUCAACACGUUCCACGGCAUCCACCAGAACAACGAUGAGCCGAUCAGAGUGAGCUACCAUCGCAACAUCCACUACAACUCGGUGGUGAACCCCAACAAGGCCACGAUCGGGGUCGGACUGGGACUGCCCGCCUUCAAACCCGGGUACGCGGAGCAGACGCUGAUGAAGUCGGCCAUCAAGACGUCGGAGGAGUCGUGGAUCGAGCAGCAGAUGCUGGAGGACAAGAAGAGAGCGACGGACUGGGAGGCCACCAACGAGGCCAUCGAGGAGCAGGUGGCCCGGGAGUCCUACCUGCAGUGGCUCCAGGACCAGGAGAAGCAGGCCCGCCAGCCCCGCAAGGCGACCGCCACCUGCAGCUCGGCGACGGCGGCGGCCUCCAGCGGACCGGACGACUGGAGCACCCGGUCGCCGCGGCAACGCGACUGCGACCCCUCCCACUCCCACUCCCACUCUCACUCCGACCUCCUGACGGCCCCGUCGACCCACAACAAGCCCCCCUCCCCCGCCGGAGCCGCCCUCAUCCUGAGCAAACCCCCCUCCCCCUGUGCACCAGGUCCCAGUAAUCAGAGUCGUCAUAAUUUGGAGUACAGAGCCAUCAUGCAGGAGAUGUCACCAACAGCGUUUGGUCUGACGGACUGGGAGGACGAUGAGAUCUUGGCGUCGGUGCUGGCCGUCUCCCAGCAGGAGUACCUGGACAGCAUGAAACAUCAGAGCUCCGCCUCCAUGCAUCGAGAGAGAGAGCCGUCACCCGACAGCAGCUGAUAGCCGGCCCAGACACACACACACACACACACACACACACACACACACACACACAACGAUGACCUUUGCCCUCUGACCCCCCUCCUCACCUCUGACCCUCAGAAGGAGAUCGACCAGGGAAAAAAUAAAACAUCAAACAAAGAAAUGCACACUUGUUUUUUUCUGCGGACAUUUCAACUCAUCAGUUGCUCACUCGUCUUCUUGUUUCCUUCCCUCCUUUCCUCCUUUCCUCAUCCAUGACCUUCUCCUUCCAGCCAAUAGUGAUCCAGCAUUAUCCCCCCUCGCCCCCCCCCCCCUCAUCUUCUUCUCCUGGUUACAACCCACUUGGGGCUCCGUCUUAAUGCUGAUUUGGGAUCAGUUGUGAUUGGAGGAUUUUAUUUUGAAAUUCACAAUCGGUUUUUAAUUUUAAUAUCUUUUGCUUUGGUGUUAACAGUUCAGGCUGUUAGCUCUGAGGCUAUCAGGACUAUUGGUUUCAAUGAGGAAUGCUAGCUGUCACCUCAAGUCUUACUGUUUUAAAGCUACUUCCCUGUUAACAGCGCUGACUGGUUAGCAUAGCUAACCUCGUAGCUCCCGCUGGCGGCCAUUUUGUGCCGAGUCCAGUUUCCAUCAACUGGGAAACGAGUCGCUCUGUACAACUCUCCCUCUCUCCUCCUCCUCCUCCUCCAAACCGCCACCAUCGGACUUAUUUAGCUGCAUGUUUAAUCAACCACGACCAAUAUCAUCAUAGAGAAAAAGCGACAAAAAAAAAAAAAACGGAAAUAAAAAAUGUGAGAA